AUGCGGCUGCGGCUGCUGGUGUCCGUGGGCAUCCUGUUGAUGGCUCUGUCGCCCAGCCCUCCAUGCAGGGCUCUGCUGAGCAGGGGACCUGUCCCUGGCGCCCCGCGGUCCCCGCAGCCCCUGAAUUUCCUGCAGCCAGAGCAGCCCCAGCAGCCUCAGCCCGUUCUGAUCCGCAUGGGAGAAGAAUAUUUCCUCCGCCUGGGGAACCUCAACAGAAGCCCCGCUGCUCGACUGUCGCCCGACUCCUCGCCCCUCUCCGCGGGUCGCGGCAGCCGCCCCUCGCAAGACCAGGCAGCGGCUAACUUUUUCCGCGUGUUGCUGCAGCAGCUGCAGACGCCUCAGCGCUCGCUCGACAGCCGCGCAGGGCCGGCGGAGCGCGGCGCAGAGGAUUCCCUCGGUGGACACCAGGGGGCGCUGGAGAGGGAGAGGCGGUCCGAGGAGCCGCCCAUCUCUCUGGAUCUCACCUUCCACCUUCUGCGCGAAGUCUUGGAAAUGGCCAGGGCAGAGCAGUUAGCGCAACAAGCUCACAGCAACAGGAAACUGAUGGAGAUCAUUGGGAAAUGA